GGAAGAAUGACAAUAUUUUGUAAUGUGUGCUGAUAUUGUGGAAGACGAAGAUUCUGAUAAACUGACAAAAGUAUCAAGCUGCUCACUUACAGAUUCACAAAUUUAUCAGUUAUUAUACAGUUCGAUCGUCAAUAAAAACUAUGAUUGUUUGGAGUGUUAUUUAAAGCAUUCACAUUUAGAUUUUUAUGAACCUUUUGAGGCGGAUGGGCUUCGCUUGCCACUUCUAUAUCAUGCUAUUCGAUUGGGUAAUUUGGAUGCAUGUAAAUUACUUGUAAAGCAUGGUUUAAAUCCACUUAUAUGUAUUGGUAUUUGCCAACAAAAUGAAACAAAAUUCAAUUGUGAAGAUAUCCUACAAUUUACAUCUCGUUUUACAUCAAAUUCAACUCAUCAUAAAACUAUCGCAUUUUUAUUUCAAAUAGUUCUAUACUUAGUCGAAGCUUGUCACAAAAGUAAUGCUGAUGAAUCAAUUGAACAAUGGUUACCAUCAAUCCAAUAUUUACAACGUAUUCAUUGUACAAUUAAAAAAUUUGCUAGUAGACAAUGUGAUCAUCACAUAAAGAAUUUAUCAAAUUCAUUUAAUCAUUUAUUAUCAAUCAAUCAUGUUGUGGAUAAUGUUGUUAUUAUUAAUAAGCCAUCUACUAUUAUUAUUCAUCAACAACCAUUAACUCAUCGAAUAUCAUCUAAAUUGAAAAAUUUCCUAUUCACUAAACGUUUAUCAUUAUUAAAGAUUGAUAAUGAGUCUAAUCAACAUUAUGAAUUAAUGAUGAUGACAGAAGAGAAUGAAGCGAAGACGCCGCAUGUAGACAAAGAAGAAGGUGAUGAGGAACAACAGAAACAGCAACUUUUAUCCGAAUUACUGUCAUCAUCAUCAUCAGAAGAAGAAGAAGAACUGAUGCUACGUUGGAAUUCUGAUGAUAAGUUUAAACUGUGUCAUUUAUUAUCAGUGGUAGAGUUUUGGGAAUGGGCAAGAAAUCAAGUAAAACCGUUAUUACUUAUAUGUGUACAAAAUAAUUACAUCAAAUGCCUUGAUAAAUUAUUACAAAUUGGUUUUCAAAUUAUCCCUAUACAUUGUCCUACAUCAAUCUCUUCAACAUCUGAGCAAGUUGUCGAAUUGUUGAAUUUCAAUCAACAAUACUCAAAAUCUAAUCAUGCAUUGAAUAUUUUCAUUGAAGAUAUGAACUCUGUACAAAAACAACAUCAUUUAUGGAUUGAAUCAAUUUGUGCCAAUCAACAACAAAGUGCCAUUCAUGCAGCUGUACAAUUCAAUAAACUGGAAGCAUUGAAGUUAAUCAUUCAAUGGGAACCAAAUUCAUUGGCUGUUACUAUUGGUGAUAACAAUCAGACAAUGGGCAUAUUACCAAUUCAUAUCGCAUGUGCUCUUAAUCAUUUGGAUUGUUUAAAAUUAAUGUUAAACAUAACUAUACCUCCUACAUACCAUUUUGAAAGUAUUCAUACUCCUGAUCAAAGUAUUGAGACAAAACAGUGUAGUUUAUUUUCUUGUCGAAUCAAUGAAUCACCAGCACUGUAUCAACAUUAUUUCUGUAUAGAUCAAUUGGAUAGUUAUAAUAUGACUGGUUUCUUAUUAGCUGUAUUACAUAGUCAUGUAGAGAUUAUCCAUUAUUUAUUAAAUUAUACAGUAAAAGCUAAAAAAUUAACAAUAAAUUCUCCAGUAGCAUUAAUUGAUUCCAACAUGGACAUGAAUUCUGACCAACUACAUUCAACAAUUCAUGACAAUGAUGAUCAGGAUGAUAAUGAUAACAGCUGUGAUCAUUUAAAUGUCACAGACAAUGAACAAUCACCAUUCAUCUAUAAUUAUUCAAAUAAUCCUAUGUCAUAUGAUAUUUGUCCAAUUGAUAUUUAUCGAAAAAUUGCAGCUUGUUGGUAUUUUGCUACUUCAAUGAAUCAUACUACUAAUAAUACUAAAAAUAGUAGUAAUAGUAGUAAUGAUUGUACACAACGACCAAUGAUUAUUAUCAAUCCACGAUAUCAUCAAAGUUUAAAUGUUAAUGCAAUAUGUGGAUAUUUCAAUGCAUUACAAUUAUCUAUUAUGACUGGUAAUAUUGAAUCCAUUUCAAUGUUGGUCACUUAUCUUCAUGAAGAAAUCAAUACCGGUUGUACAUCUUGUAUACAUGGUCAAUGUUACAAUGAUCAUUUAUUGAAUCCAAUGAUGACGACAUUAAACAAUGCGAAUUCUAAUCAUCUACAAUCGAUUACAAUUACAACUCCACUUGGUUUAACUUGUUGUUGUUUAGCGGAAAUAGAUGAAAAUAAAGCUGUCGAAAUCGCUUCAAUCCUAUUGAAUUAUGGUGCAGUUGAUGUAGACAAUCAAUUAUUUGUAUAUACAAUGAAAAAAUCCUUCCAUAAAUUAGCUGGUCUCUUAUUUAUUCAUGAAUUAUUAUUAUUAUCAUUAAAAUCAUUAGAAAAUCAUGGAACAUUGAACACAAUGACAAAACAUUUAAAUUUAUCCAAUAUGUCAUUGUUUCAAUCGUCAAUUAUGACUAAAACAUUUUGGUUUGUAAAUUCUAUGCUGAUUAUACCACAAUGGAUGAAAUUAUUAGAAGAGUUAUCCAAGUUCAAUGGGAUCAAUGCAUGCGAGUUGGCGUCACAGUCACCGUCAUCGUCACCAUCAGCAAUGUCAUCUGUACAACAGAAGGAAUCUAACAUGAACAAAAAUACCGAUACUACUAAUAAUACUACUGAUAACAAUAAUAAUAGUAAUAAUAAUGGUCGUAAUCAUCAAUUAUAUCAAUAUAUUAGUCAACUAUUAACACUAUCCAUACCAUCACCAUUAUUCAGUAGGAAUUUUUCUAUUCAUCAAACAAAUCAAUUGAUUACACGUAUCACUUUAUCGAAUUGUGGUUUACAAACUCUACCAUGGUGUUUAUUUAAUUGUGUGAAAAAUUUAAAGGAAUUAGAUUUAAGUAAAAAUCAUAUUCGUAGUUUACCAAAACAAUUACCCAAUGUUCCAAUGGCCUAUCGACCUGGUCAAUAUAUUCCGACUUGUUGGACAUCUAGUUUAAUUUAUUUAGAUUUAUCCGAAAAUCAAUUGGACUACUUACCCAAAUGGUUAUUUGUUAACAAAUGUGACUAUCAAUCAGGCAAAGUAUCAUUCUCUUCUAAAAGAAAAAGUAAAAAUUAUACUACUACUAAUAACGAUGAUAAUAGUAGUUUGAAACAACAAGAUACAUAUGUUCUUCCUAGGAAUACCGACAUCAUCGAUUCGUAUCAUCUUCGUCGAUGUUAUUCAGAACCUGUCAUCAUGCAUACCGCCGGUUCUUCAUUACAUCCUAAAACGAUGAUGAUGAUGACGACGGUGAAUGAUUCAUUUGCACCGAAUCUGUUACAUUUACUAUUGUCGCGAAAUCAAUUACGUGUAUUACCCGCAGAAAUAUGGACCGGUUCAUUAUGGUGUAAAUUGCAAUUUCUUGAUUUAAGUUGGAAUAAAAUCAGUUGCUUACCAGUGCCAAAUUUAUUAAAAUUACAAUUUGAUCAUUCACAACAAAUGUACAAGGAUUCAUUGUGUAGGAAAAAAACACAAAGCUUACAAACAACGCAUGAAAUUCACAAUACUACUCAAUUUGGGAAUAAUGCUGAAAGAUUGCAAAUGGAUUUUAAUUCAGAAAAUAUUUUCUACUUUCCAACUAAUCAACUGUUAACACGUAUAACAAAUCUUAAUCAACCUGUAGAAAAGAAUACUUCUACUACUAAUACUACUACUAACAAUAAUAUUAGUAGUAAUGAUGAAUAUAAUGACAAAUUAUUUGAAAAGAGGAAACCUGUUGAGUUUUUUGAUCAAUAUGAAUAUCAUACAAGUCAUUUGACACAUCUUUGGUUACAUCAUAAUUGUUUGAAAUCAUUGCGUUUGGUGAAUCCCACAAAUUCUUCAAUGCGCAAACAGUCAACUCCAUCUGGAUUGUUAGAAAAAAGCAUAAAUCUAGCCAAAAUUUGUCCAAAUCUCAUUUAUUUAGAUGUUAGUUAUAAUGCAUUGGAAAAUUUCAGUGAUUUAUUCUUAUGCCCAAAAUUGAUGAAUUAUAUUGAUUUAAGUUAUAAUCAAAUGAAAUUAAUCACUAGUCGAUAUCAUUAUCAUCGAUCUUAUCAUGAAGAUAGUGACGAAGGGGAUGACGAUGAUGAUGACGAAGGUGAUGAUGUGCAAUUAUCUUCAUCAUCACCGAUGACGAUAUCGUGUCCAUGUUGUUGUGAUAAGAAUACAUUUAGCAAUUCAAAUCAAUUUACAUGUAAUUAUUUCACAAAACUGGAACAUCUCAAUUUAAGAGGCAAUCAAUUUCACAUAUUCUCUUGUUGUUAUUAUUAUUAUUAUCGCUACACUAAGACAAUGCGCAAACUUAAUCAAUUCAAGAUAUUCAAUGAAUCUCAACUGUUUCAAUCAUCUCCAUUUGAUAUACAACGCUCAUUAUCAUCAUCAUCAUCAUCGCUGACCAACAAAUCACAUGGAUUAUUAUUUCCAGCAUUGAAAUCAUUAGAUUUAAGUGAAAAUCCUAAUUUGAAAUACAUUUGUCCUAGUCUAUUAGGCUUAAUGCAUUUACAAUAUCUUUCAUUGGAUCAUUGUACAAGCUUAAAUGAGCUUCCUGGUGAUUUAUAUCGUUUAUCUAAUUUACAAAAUAUUUUAUUAAAUAAAACACCAUUUAUGAAAUAUUUAGCUCCAAUUAUUGAUCCAACAUUGAAAUUUAAUCAAUACAUUGGAAUGACUAAUCAUCAUCAUCAUGAUAAUGCUAAAAAUGAUGUGAAUGAUUAUCCAAAUUUAAAUGAACCUAUUUAUACACCACGUAUUGUGUCAUAUUUGAAAUCAAUCACAGAUCAAUCAAAUCCAUUUACUCGAUUUCGUGUCAUGGUUGUUGGUCCAACAGGAGUUGGCAAGACUACAUUAGUUCGUUUAUUAAAAGCAUCUGAGUCGGCUGGUGAAUCGUUUUGUCGUAAUAAUUCCAAUGAAAAUCCAUUGAAAACCGCCGACAUGCAUACAUCUUCAUCAUCAACAUCGCCAACAUUACAAUCGAUUGAAACGGAUCAUCAUUUCAUGCGACCAGAUCAAUUGGUACCAUCAGUUCAAAUAACAAACUUAACAAUCAAUCGUCCUGAUAAUAAAAAUCAAUCUAAUCAGUCUAUUAAUUCAGUAAAUGUUUCAAGUCGUAUAAUUAAUAAUAAAAAUGCUAAUAAUAAUAAUAAUAAUAAUACUAGUCAUUUCCAUGAACAAUUAUUAUUCAGUAUUUGGGAUAUUGAGAAAAACAAUAUGAAAAUUAUAAACAGAAGCAAUAUACCUUCUACUUCUUCUCCUUCUUCUACUACUGAUAAUGAUAAUAUUAUGACAAGUAGUCUAUCUAGUGUAUCAUCUGAUUUAGCUUGUCCAUCUGAAAUAUUAAUCCAUAGUCAAUUGGGUAUACAUUGUGAAUUAACUAUCUAUUUAGUUGUAUGGCGUACAACGGAUGGUUUAUUAGGAUUGAAUCGAAUUACACCGUGGUUAAUGAAAAUUAAGGUAAUCUAUAUACAUAUAUUUUUUGGAUAUCGAAUUUUAUGUAUGAUGUAA